AUGCGUGUGUCUUUGCGUGACAACGAAUCAUCAUUUCGUUUCAUUCUCUCUCUGCCUCUCCCACUGAUUAUUGGUGCCUCUCCCCGCAUUUUCCCCUGUCACUUUCAUAUUAAAGAAGAUGGCCAUCGACUUCGACUGUUACUAAUGUUGCAUCGGGUCGACAACCAUUUUCAUUCAGUACAGAAUCUCAAGAACUCUCCAUCUUGUCUUUCCGUUCUUUCUUUCUUUCUUUCUUUCCUUCUUUCUUUUUUCCUUUCUUUCUUUCUUUUUUGCUAUCGAGCUAACACUUUUUUUUUCAUAUCUAUCUAUCUAUCUCAUUUUUAUAUCUAUCUUUCUUUCUAUCUGUUUUUCAUAUCUAUGACAGUUAUCUAUCUAUCUCAGUCUGUUCGUAUCUAUCUAUCUAUCUAUCUAUCUAUCCUAGAUUUUUUUUUUCAUAUCUAUUUUCUGUCUUUUCCCAUCUACCUAUCGAUCUAUCUAUAUGACAGACGAUACAAAUUUGGUAGAAAUCGUAGUAGCAGGAAAUUUUCUAUCUAUCUAUCUCAGGCUGAUAAAUAUCUAUCUAUCUAUCUAUCUAUCUAUCUAUCUAUCUAUCUAUCUCAAUCUAUUCAUAUAUAUAUAUAUAUCAAUUGCCAUCUUUUCGUAACUAUCUAUCUAUCUAUCUAUCUCAGUCUUUUCAUUAUCUAUCUAUCUAUCUAUCUAUCUAUCUAUCUAUCUAUCUAUCUCAGUCUGUUCGUAUCUAUCUGUGUGUGUGUGCGUGUACGUGUAUUUUCUGUGAAAAAGCGUUUUAAUAGUAUCUGUGCCCCUGCUAUCUAUCUAUCUAUCUAUCUGUUUUUGUUAGUCUCUCUCUUACUUUCUUUCCUUCUUCAUCUAUUCAUCUAUACUAGCUUGUUUUUAUCUAUCUAUCUAUCUAUCUAUCUAUCUAUCUAUCUAUCUAUCUAUCUAUCUAUCUAUCUGAUUUUGAUUGUUUUCCCUAAAGUGUUUAAAUAA